GGAGCACUCGGCGGCGGCGGCGCGGGGUCCGCACCAUGGGCGGCGGCUGCUGGCGGCUGCUGGGCGUCCUGAGCCCGCUGCUCCUGCACCUCGCCGCGAGCCAGGAGCCCGUCAGCAUGGCGGGACAGUGCGACACCAUCUACAAGGGCUUCGCCGAAUGCCUGCUGAGCCUGGGGGAGAGCAUGGCCCAGAGCGUCCGGCAGCAGCAGCAGGAGGAGGGCGGCGACGAGGCGCAGGAGCUGGACGCCAUCUGCAAGUCCUGGGAUGAUUUCCACACCUGUGCCAGCGAGGUGCUGUCGCGGUGCCCCGUGGAAGCGGCCACCGUGUGGGAGUCGCUGCGCCAGGAGUCCCGCAAGAUCCAGUUCCAGGGGAACCUGCAGGAGCUGUGCAGCGCCCGGGGCCGCCUGGCCGGCGCCCAGAGCUCGCCGGCCUCCGAGACCAACCAGGCCACGCUGCGGGGCUCGGCCGCCGCCCUGCACCCUCACCCUCACCCGCUGGCCCUGCUGGCCCUGCUGGCCCUGCUGGCGCUGCUGCCCCGGCUGUAGCCCCGCUCGCCCUCGGGUGCCCAGGUGAUGCCGGCUCCGUUCCCCCGGCUGCCCGCCGGUCCCCGCCUCCCUCCCGGGCAUCCCUCGCGGGGCACGGUCACUCCUGCAGCACUUCAGAUGGAUUUAUAUUUAUAUUAAAAGACACUUUUACAUUUCUCC